CAAGCAGCAAAGGCCCCGUCCUGUGCGUAGCGCUGAAGUCAAGGCAGCGGACGCGGCGCGAGGGGAGGGUCGCUUUUAAAGGGCCAGCUGCGGAAGGAAAGUUGUGCGGAGAGUUUCUGUUAGGUCCUGUCAGAGGGGUAGAUAAACGGCGCCUCGCCUUUGGUGGGCUGUGGGGAAGGGGGGCGGGAAUAAUCCCAGGAGCCGCCGGCCGCAGCCAUGGAGCAGGCAGCGCCCAAAAGCAAACUGAAAAAGCUAAGCGAAGACAGCUUGACUAAACAGCCUGAAGAAGUAUUUGAUGUAUUGGAGAAGCUCGGUGAAGGGUCUUAUGGGAGUGUAUUUAAAGCCAUUCAUAAAGAAUCUGGUCAAGUAGUGGCAAUUAAGCAAGUUCCUGUUGAAUCAGAUCUGCAGGAAAUUAUUAAGGAAAUUUCUAUAAUGCAACAAUGUGACAGCCCUUAUGUUGUCAAGUACUAUGGGAGCUAUUUUAAGAACACGGACCUGUGGAUUGUUAUGGAGUACUGUGGAGCUGGUUCUGUCUCGGACAUAAUUAGAUUACGUAAUAAAACGCUUACAGAAGAUGAAAUUGCAACCAUUCUUAAAUCUACGCUUAAAGGACUUGAAUAUUUGCAUUUCAUGAGAAAAAUACAUAGAGAUAUAAAGGCUGGAAACAUUCUCUUAAACACCGAAGGGCAUGCUAAAUUAGCUGACUUUGGAGUGGCUGGACAGUUAACUGAUACAAUGGCAAAACGCAACACUGUCAUAGGUACUCCGUUUUGGAUGGCUCCAGAGGUAAUACAAGAGAUUGGUUAUAAUUGUGUGGCAGACAUCUGGUCCCUUGGCAUUACCUCAAUAGAAAUGGCAGAAGGAAAGCCUCCGUAUGCUGAUAUACACCCAAUGCGGGCAAUUUUUAUGAUUCCUACGAACCCCCCUCCAACAUUCCGGAAGCCAGAGCUUUGGUCUGAUGAAUUCACUGAUUUCGUGAAAAAAUGUUUGGUGAAGAAUCCUGAGCAGAGAGCAACUGCAACCCAACUUUUGCAGCAUCCUUUUAUUAAGAAUGCAAAACCAGUUUCAAUCCUGAGAGACUUGAUUACUGAAGCUAUGGAAAUUAAGGCGAAAAGACAUGAAGAACAGCAGAGGGAACUUGAAGAAGAAGACGAAAACUCGGAUGAGGAUGAGCUGGACUCCCAUACCAUGGUGAAGACAAAUUCAGAAAGUGCCGGCACAAUGAGAGCCACGAGUACUAUGAGUGACAGUGCUCAGACAAUGAUUGAACAUAAUAGCACCAUGCUUGAAUCCGAUUUGGGGACCAUGGUGAUAAACAGUGAUGAUGAUGAUGAUGAAGAUGAAGAUGGAACUAUGAAAAGAAAUGCAACAUCACCCCAGGCUCAGCGACCUUCUUUUAUGGACUACUUUGAUAAACAGGAUUCCAAGAAUAAAAGCCAUGAAAACUGCAACCAGAAUAUGCAUGAAUCUUACCAUAUAUCGAAGAAUGUCUUUCCCGAUAACUGGAAGGUUCCUCAAGAUGGCGAUUUUGAUUUUCUGAAAAACCUGAGUUUGGAAGAGCUGCAGAUGAGGUUAAAAGCUUUGGAUCCAAUGAUGGAACGAGAAAUUGAAGAACUUCGUCAAAGAUACACAGCCAAGAGGCAGCCGAUUCUGGAUGCUAUGGAUGCAAAAAAACGAAGGCAACAGAACUUCUGAUCUUCCUACAUUGCAAGAUAAUGCAGCAAAGCGAAGUGGACACUGGUGAAAACUGUACAUAACUACAAGUCUUGAAAACUUGUGACUUUGAGCUUCACAACAACUUAAGCUGAAGUCCUUAAAGAAGGCACAUUGUAUGUUUGGCAGCCUGAGUGAAAACCCUGUCCUAUUUUUAUGUUUUAAUACAAUAGAAAUUUCACAUUCCACUUCCUGAUAUUUUAUUUGGCUAUGUUGCAGUAAUGAUGUGUGUUGUACAAUAAGGAGUAGUGUCUAGUUCCUGGUAAGACCUAAAACUCUCUCCUAAUUGCACAAUAAUGCAGGGCCUUAAGUUGCAAUAUAUUUUCCUCCAUUUAAAAGCAUAUUUAUUGUAUAUGCGUAGGUGAUCUUAUUUAUUUUGAUGCUUGAUGCUUCUUAGCUAUAAAUAGUGAUUGCAGAUACUAAUAGUGGAAGCCGUGAUAGAGUAAGUAAAAUGUAUGUGUGCGGCCACACUCUAAACAAAAGUUACAACGAUAUAUUAAGAUCAGGCUCAGGUUUCGAGUGUUAGCUCUACUUGGCUUGUAAGUGCACACUUGGGAUUCAUGGUUUUGUUUUUGCUUCUUUUUUUGAGCUUGAAGUUCAUGCGUUUUAAGCACUGUGGAGAUUUUGGGGGGUUAGUGAUAACACUGGCAGUGCUAGAGACAUAGGGCACAAUCCACUAAAAGGUUUUCCUGUGCAAUUUUUUUUUAUAUGAAUGGGGGUUAUGCACUCUUAAACAACUUCCAUUCAUCACCCAAAGAUUUGAAUAGGAAAUGUCCCCAGCAGGUUCCCCCCUAAGCUUGUUGAAAAGGAUCCUACAAAAUAAGGGACAAGUGCCUAUGUAGUUUUCUCUCUCUCUCUGUCUCUCUCCCCCCUCCCCCCCCCCACAUUAUGCAGGAAAAAUUCAGGUCACCCAUUCUUGCUUCACAUUUUUGCCUGCCUUUGCUUUUCAUUUAUAAACUCUAUUUUAAUAUCCUACUUGGUUCCACAGGUUUGUUUUUUUAAAAAAACUGUUACACUAAAUGGACCAUUUUGAACUCUUGCUUAUUUUUUCAAUACCUUCACCCAUUUUUUCCUCCUUGUAUUGGAAAUACUUUUAUUAUAAACAUACGUUAAGAAACACUAAUUGAAAAGCCAAAGAAAAUUAUUCUGGUCCAUAGCUACAAGCAUGCACAGGUGGCUCCCCCCCCCCUUAGUAUUUCUCCUUUUUGGCAGCUUUUCACAACAAAUGCCAAAGCCAUUUAAAAAAACAACUGCUGAGUUUAAAAUGCAAUUUGCAUUUCUGCUGUUCAAGCAAAGGAAAUAGCUGUGGGAAAACUCCCAGGCAAGUAUGUGUCUUACAGCGCAAUCCUAUCCAUGUCUACUCAGAAGUAUGUCCCAUUGAGUUCAAUGGGUCUUAUUCCCAUGUAAGUGGUCAUAGGGUUGUGGCCUUAAUUACCUUGCUGCAUUGUGAGCAAUAAAUAGGAAUCCUAAUUUAAUAAUCCCCCCUAAGGAGACAGAGCAUAUCAGUACUUUUUAAAUAUCCUAACUGCAUAUUUGCAGUUGUAUUUUCUUAUAAGAAAUACAUUUUCUGUAGGGAAGUACCACUGCGAGAAAAAUGCAGUAUCCUAAGAGACAGGUAGCCUUGCAUAACAGUGUGCGUGUGGCAAUAAAAAGCACAGCAAAAUUCCCGUAACUGUUAGGCAAUCUGGCUUUUGCAAAGUAACAGGUUUGCUACCAGCACAGGUACUGCAGCCCUGUUGUCUGUGGUUUUCUUGGAACAGUGCAACCUCAACGGGUUUUGCUUAGUGCAAGUAGAGCCCUAAUCCAACAUCCUGUUUCUCUCAGUGGCCAAUCAGAUGCCCAUUAGACACCCACAAGCAGGACGCAAGGUCAGCUGCAACUGGCUUCUCUGCCUCUGAUCCCGGAGACAGCAUCUAGCCAUUGACAGCCUUACCCUCCCAUCAGUUUGUCAAAGCUCCUUUUAAAGCCAUCUAAAGUGGUAGCAUCACCACAUCUUGUAGCUGAUGAAUUCCAUAGUUUAACCAUGGGCUGUGUGAAGAAGCACUUCUCAUGUAACCCACAAGUGUGAGGUCCCAUGGCAGCUAGAGUUUUCCCUGUGGCACCAGGAGCUUUUCUUAGCCAGCCAGGAAACCAGGCUGUUUGCCUCUUAAUAAGUUGCUAUUACUUUUUUCAGUCCUUGAUUUGUGCUUAUAUACGGUAGGGGAGAGGUAUCCUAUUGCAAUCAGUAUAGUAAGCUCCUUCUGUACAACUGUGCAAUCCAUUUCAUAAGUCAUUGUAUAAUUACUUUCACAUUGACUACAGGUUUAUUUCAUCUUGACUUUCCCCCCGACUAACAAUUAAUGUAGCUGUGGUGUUUCUAUACCUCCCGGAACAUGUGCUAUUAUUGACAAUGACUUGUACACAGUGCUGGUAAAGAUUUUAUUAGUGACCACUAUGUAGAUAUUAUUCUGCAAAUAUUUCUGGGCUUUACACCAGGUACUCCAUUUGUACCGUGCCUUGCAGACAGGCAAACCAUACAGCACACAUUCCGAAAAACCUUUAAACAGUCAAAAGAAAUGAUCAGCAGAGAGAGAGAGAGACCAUAUCUUUAAGUUUCAGCUGAGUAUGAUCUUAGCACAUGCUCUGUGUACCUGUCCUUAAAAUAAUAUAAUAUAAUUUAUAUUUUCCUGAAAUGCUCUUGCAAACCCUGAAUUGCUUUUGUGAAGGAAGCGGGGAAAGUUGUGGUUGCAAACCUUGAUUGGAAUAAAUACCUUGAUUGGAAUUGUGUGCUCCUGGUAUGCCACUAUUUUUCAUCACAUCAGAGUCGUUGUGAUGUUCUGUGAAAGUAUAGUUGGUCAUUUAGUUGUAAAUCAGAUUUCUAAAACCUUCUGUUAAAUAAAAUACAGAUUUGUUGUUAAUUAUAGGUAAUUACGGCGUGACUUCCAGAACCGUUCUUUUUAUAUGCUUUAUAAUAAUCUACAGUACAAAAGAAUCAUGCACACUGCUUCAUUGGCAGUAUGAUCAUCCUCCGCUAUAGCAGCUAGCAUGUGUUUGCAACAUCCUGUAUGAGAUGAACAGUGCAGAGCUGCAUAGAUAUAUUUACAGUAAAGAAUAAUUCCUUGAUGCAGCUCCUAGCUAAUGCAUGGCCGUACAAAAGCUAGGAGGCUGUGGGCAUUGGGAAUGGAAUGCAUGGGUCCAAUUGUACUUCUGCCCUGAGAAAGGCUUUUCCAUACUGAAAUAGCAGCACUAUUUAUUGCUUCUGCUUUAGUUCAGUGAAAACCCCCACCACUAACAGCAAGUCACUUGUCCUCCACUGGGUUUACUAAAAAGGUGAGUGCCUCUGUUACUCGGCUUCAUUAUAUCAAGGGGUGUCAAGAGAGGCCCCCAUCAGUUUUUCAGAGCAGCACCAAAGUCUUAAAGUUUUUAAUGAAUUUAUAAGUCACACCUUUUUCAAUUAAGCAAAGUGAAUUACUAAAAAGAUCACUGUGGGCAUCAGCCUUUUCUUCCUCUGGUGUGCCUUAUGCAUAAUUGACUUUGACCAAUCGGACAUUCUUUGACUUCCUCGCUUGAUGUUGCUUUGAUUACUGUUGCACAUUGUAACCCGGAAAGACAAUAUUAAAGAACCAGUGAGCAGGUCAAUACACAUGCAAAGAAUCUGUAAAAUCUAUGUUCACAUACUGGCCUAUUUUGAAUGUACAAAGAUCUGCAUAAUAAACAAACAUAGCCCUGCCCCUUUGUUCCUCGCUUUUCAGCAUUCCUUGAUUAAUCCAGGAAGUUAACCAUAGUUUCUUGCUCUGUCCAGUUUGAGAACAUAUGAUUUCCAGGCUUGGAACAAGCCAGUAUGUUAAAUCAACUACAAACUGUGGUUUCAGAUCAUGACUUGUUCCAAACCAGUUAACUAUAGAUUCUCAGUUUGGAAAUAAUGGGACUGAGUUUCAUGGAAGACUUCUCAGGUUAAUCAUGGUGUACCAAAGAAGGAAUGGGAGAUAUGAAGAUGGAAUAUGCAAGCAUAGGGCUUGUGUAUAUAUCACAGUUUAUGAAGCGAGGAUAUAUAUGUCCACACUCAACCACUCAGUUUCACAAUAGCCUUUUCCUCCAGAAAGAUGGAACUGAAUUGAAUCUCUCAGUUUUAUUUUAUUUUGUUAAACUAAACUACAGUUAAUACACCUUUAAAUCAGACUGCAAAGUGGCACACAAAACAUGCCAUUGGAAUUGUAUAUGUACAGAAAUGAAUAUAGCAACUUUGAAAAGUUGUUUAUUGGAUCAAACAACAAGCUAUGUGCUAUAAACUGAAUUUGGGGUUAGAAUUUAUAUGCAGUUGGCCUUUUAUUAGUUCAUAUUUAUUAAUAUUUACUGAAUCAUAUACUAUUAAUGUCCUUAACUUUUAUUUCCACUGAAGACAUACAUAUUUGGUAAAGUAUUUAUUUUACUAAAACUUGCAAUAAAUCUAGUAGAGUUGAUUAUUAUUAACCUUAGUGAAAUUUUAACCCAGCUUGGUUUAUGGUUUGUUUCCUGUCUUGUAUAUAAAAGUUUUAAAGUACAAGUGCCCCAAACUCUGGAAAAAAUAAUUGUUUGUUACCAAACAUUUUGAAUAAAAGUUAUUUUCCAUCUAUG